UUUUGCUAUUUAUAAUGUGUAGAUUGCCACAACUUCUUAAUAUUUUGUUAGUGUCCUUUAUCAUUUUCUUUCUUUCGGUUCAUUGGUUCCUUUCUGGUAGGGGAGGGGAUCAUCCUGGUUCGUUGGAUUUAAAGAAGUUCGGGUCCGUCCUCGGGGGGAUGAUAGCUGUACCCUGAUAUAGCCUAUUACCUACAGAUUCUUGACCUGUACCCCUCAGAAUUGGUCCACACGAUACUUUAAACAAAGAAAAAAUUAUUUUUUUAUUUAUUCACUUAAGAAAAUUUUUUUAAAUACAACCAUUCUUAUCUAAUAAAUCAGAUUUCCCCAAACUAUCCCCUUAUAACUAAGAACAGGCCGAAUUAUUUUUAAUAAAGAAUAAAGUAAUAUAUUAAAAAUUAUUUUCUUCUUGUUUCAUAAUAGUGAAUUUCACAAAAUAACUUGCGAUCUUCUUGUGUAGGGUUACCU